AUGAAGAGCCCUACUACCCUGCUAUUGCUUGCUUUCCUAGUAGGUAGCUCCCUGCGACAAGGAGUUGAGGCUGUUGCCUUUCUCAACCCCAAUCGACCUCCCAUUGGCGCCACCUACGAGAAAGCCAUUGGAAUUCCUGUCUUGGGUCGGCAAACGUUUUCACUGCGCAUUCUGAGUGAUGACACCGCACACUUGCUGGUAAAGGGGAUGCUAUUCUUGGACGAAGUGAUUCCUUACACUAUCACAUCAGGGGGGUGUCUGGAUUGUUCUCUAUCUGAAAAUGCUCUACGAUGUAUGCGAAAGGUGCGGGCAUCACUCCAAGAAGUAGGGUAUGAUGGUGUAACAGACACUCCCUAUGUCAAGGUAUCAACACCACUCCCCGUUCCUGUUAAGAUCCACCUAAAGCGCAAGGACAGCAUGGACGAACUAAUGCCUCAUGACAGCGUCUUACACGACGAAGACACAAUAAUGAACAAUGACGACGAUGGCUUUGAGCUUUUCUAA